AGCGCAGAUCGUGAUGUGUCGUGGGGGUUGCUGGGACAGGAGUUACAGAAGGGGCGGGGCUAGUGCUAUUCCGGAAAUGUCUUUACGCCGCGCAUCUGUAACGUCCAAAGCGCAGCGCUGGGAUGUGUGUGUGUAUUUCAGCAAUGUGGUACACGGAUCCGGUGAUUGAUUCAUCUUUGGCCCAGAUUUUUCUAUGCGAUUUAUAGCCGUUUUGUUAAAGUUCUUAGUAAAAAAAAAUGUGCAGUCACAGUUUCUCAAGAUCUUCUUGUUAAUAUUCCUAUAUAGUCAGAGGAUAAUCCAUUACAAUCAUAGCUUGUUAGUUUGUAAAAACAUGGCCCAGAUGGAGGGUCCUCAAACUGAAGGGGAAGGCAGCCCUCAGAUGGUCUCCUUAAGGUCUGACACCACAGGGAACCACGUGGACGAUGGAGAGGUGGCACCAUCGAUGAGGAGGAAGAGAAGAAAGAAGAAGGAGCCACGUCCAGAAUCAAUUAUUGUGUACCGCUCUGACAUAGAGAGGGCACCAGAGGAACAAGGUGGAGAGGAUGGGGCAGAGAGGAGCACGGAAGAAGGAGCAAAGUUUCUCCACAGUCCCACAGGCGAAGGAGAAAGCUGGAGCCUUCCCCCAGACAGCCGCUACGUGACCCUAACUGGAACCAUCACACGAGGGAAGAAGAAGGGUCAGGUGGUGGACAUACAUGUCACUUUAACGGAAAAGGAGAUCAGGGAUCUGGCUAAAUCAAAGGAGCGUCUUGAUGCAGAGUGUGAGGCAGGCGAAGGCGCGAAACGUAACUGCACUUUGGGUGUGGGGCGGGGCCCGCACGUGGUCCUGUGGAGCAUCUCCUGCGCUCCCAUCGUUUUCGUCCUCUCCUUCAUCACCUCUUUCUACUACGGCACUCUCACCUGGUACAACGUGUUCCUGGUGUACAACGAGGAGCGGACAUUCUGGCACAAGAUUACAAUUUGCCCCUUUCUAAUCAUCUUCUACCCCAUGCUCAUCAUGCCCAUGGCUGUGUUUCUGGCUCUGUACUCCGCCGUGGUUCAGGUGUCCUGGACCUUCAGCGAGUGGUGGCUGUCGGUGAAAGACCUGGAGAAGGGAUUCUGUGGUUGGGCUUGUGGGAAGCUGGGGCUUGAAGACUGUUCGCCGUACAGCGUGGUAGAGCUGCUGGACUCGGACACUGUUUCUGGCACUCUGCAGAGCAAAGCUCCAAGCGAACAUGCCCAGACGUCAUCAGUUUGAAGGAACAGGUUGCUGCACAAACUCUAUUUGGCCUCAAAUUUCUAGUUUUCAAAUUGAAAAGUCAAGUCUUACCAAUAAAACUCAGUUAAAAAAAAAUCUUACUUUGGAAAUAGUGGAUUAACAUUUUUUUAUGUUUUUUAAUGAAAUGUCUUGGAUAAAGCUGCAGUGGAAUAAUCAGAGGAUUGUGUUUACCAGGGUAUUUUAAAGCUGCUCCUCUACGUUUUCCUGCAAACACUGCCUGAACUGUUCUUGUGUUUGUAAAUGUUCCCACAGACCACAUCAUUGUUGUAUUUUAGCAGGAGAGUCACGAUAGCUCCAAAUGUUCAACAAUACUGGCCUUGGCUUGCAAUGCCAAGCUGAGAAGACUGAUACAAACUAUACUAGGAGUUUACACAAACUUUCACCUCCUCUGUAAAUAUUCCUACCUAACACUUUGUGUUCACUGUCUUUUUCUGUCUAUUCCGGAAGAUUUAAUCGCUAAAAAUUGCACUAUGAGUAGUCCAACUUUGACUAAAAGAAAAAUGUUCCAACAUGUUAAUUCCCCUGUUUUAUUUAAUUUUUUUAUUAUUAUUAUUAACAAAACACACAAAAAAGACUGAAUAAUGUUUGUCAUUCUUGUUUUUACCCAUGAUAGCAUAACUUAAAAGCUUUUAAUAAU